AUGCAGCCCCCUCAUCUUUGGGGCUUUUCCUCUCCAUGUAACCUGAUUACUGUUUGGGGGAACCUGCUCAUCGUCUUGGCUGUGGCCACCGACCCUCACCUCCACACACCCAUGUACUUCUUCCUGUCCAACCUGUCCAUGGUGGACAUCUGCUUUGUCUCCACCACCAUCCCCAAGAUGCUAGCCAACAUCCAGACCCAGAGCCGCACCAUCAUGUAUGAAGGCUGCCUGGCCCAGAUGUAUUGUGCGUUGCUUUUUGCAGGAGUAGAUGACAUUCUCCUGACCGUCAUGGCUUAUGACCGCUUUGUGGCCAUCUGCCACCCUCUGCACUACCCGGUCAUCAUGAACACCCGGCUCUGUGUGCUGUUGGUCCUGGGCUGCUGGAUCACGAGUGUCCUGAAUUCCUUACUACAUAGCUUAAUGGUGCUGCAUCUGUCCUUCUGCCCAGACUCAACAAUCCCCCACUUUUUCUGUGAGCUUGAUCACAUGGUCCAGCUUGCCUGUUCUGAUGCCUUUGUGAAUAAAUUACUGAUAUAUUUGGAUGCUGGGCUCAUGGGAGGUGGUCCCCUCGCUGGGAUCCUUUAUUCAUACUCGAAGAUUGUUUCUUCCAUCCGGAGAAUUCCAUCAGCUCAGGGCAAGUCUAAAGCCUUUUCGACCUGCGCCUCUCAUCUGUCUAUAGUCUCCUUGUUUUACUGCACAGUCCUGGGCGUCUAUCUUAGCUCUGCAGCCACCCACAGCUCCCAGUCAAUUUCCGUCGCUUCCGUGAUGUACACAGUGGUCACCCCCAUGUUAAACCCCUUUAUCUACAGUCUCAGGAACAAAGACAUCAAGGGGGCUCUGAAAAGAUUCUCGGGGUUGGGAGUCUUGAAGGCUGUUUGGCCGUGGGAUAUUUUGACACCACAGAGACCACAGUAUUUUCCACAGCUGGCUUAG